GGAUUGGGAUCCUCUAGCAAAGUCACCGCGCUACGAGCACGGAAAGGCCACCGCAACGCCGCCAGCCCGCCACUGGACAGACGAGGAGAAGCUCCGCGGACGCCAUGUCGUCGCCGUCGCUAUGCGCCGCCUCCUGCCCCACCCCGCUCCGCGCGCCACCGCCUCUCCUGAGCUUCCGCGGCGCAGCCGCCAUAGUCUCCGCCUCCGCGACUCGCGCGGCGCCGGCCGUCUCCGACGACCUCGUCCUCCGCAUCGCCGAGCAGCUCGAGGACUCGGUAACCUCCUCCUCCUCACUCCUCGACCCGCUCCGCUCCGCCUCCGCGCUCUCCCUCCUCUCCACGCCCUGGCCCACCCGCCGCUCCAGCGAGGCCUUCCGCUUCACCGACGUCUCCUACCUCCGCUCCCUCCCCAUCUCCCUCCCCUCCCGAUCCCCCGACCUCGCGCCGCCCUCCUCCCCUUUCCCCUCCCACGUCCUCUUCUCCGAUGGUCUCCUUGUAUCCGCUUCUGGUGCCCAUGUCAGCGCCCUCGCCGAUCUUCCUCCUGGCCGCGCCCGAGACCGCGCCGCCGCUGCGCUCGCCGCCUCAGCGGAAUUCGCCCACAAGGACCUCUUCUACGACUUCAAUGCCAUUGGGACGAGGGACAUCGCGGUCGUGCACGUGCCCGAGGGGGUCAAGAUGGCCGACGACCCAGUCCACAUUAUGUUCACCUAUACCAAUAGCGGUGGUGGGAGUAUGCUGAUGUCCAAUCCGAGAGUUCUGGUGGUCGCCGAGAAGGAGGCAGAGGUGGCCAUAGUGGAGGAGCACUUUGGGGCUGGAGAAGAAGGUGGUUGCUAUUGGGCCAACCCGGUGGCGGAGAUUGUCAUAGAUGAGGGUGCGAGGGUGGUUCAUUCUUAUGCGCAGCGGCAAUCGUUUGCAGCAGCGCACACUAAAUGGACCGUCGUCCAGCAGGAUACAUCCAGUAAAUAUGAGUUUGUUGAGGUCAGCACCGGAGCAAGAUUGAACAGGCACAAUCUCCAUAUCCAGCAGUUAGGCCCUGAGACGGAGACGAAAUUGUCAACACUUCACUUAACAUCUCAGAAUAAGCAGAUACAUGAUCUGCAUAGCAGAUUGAUACUUGAUCACCCCAGAGGUUUUUCACGACAGCUCCACAAAUGCAUUGCUUGUGCUACAGGGAAUAGCAUAUUUGAUGGCAAUAUUAAAGUCAACAGGUAUGCACAACAGACUGAUGCUGGGCAAGAAACCAAGUGUCUUAUCAUAUCACCAAAAGCUCUUGUUAAUGUCAAGCCAAACCUUCAGAUUAUCGCUGAUGAUGUGAAAUGUACUCAUGGUGCUGCCGUCAGUGGUGAGCUUGAUCCAAAUGAGCUCUUCUACUUCCAAGCGAGAGGCAUUGAUGCGCAAACUGCAACAGACGCACUACUUUUCUUCUUUGGAGCCCAUGUGAUAAAGCGCAUACCUUUUAAGCCUAUAAAUGAGAAGACAUUAGCACAGUUCAAAGAGUUGCUUACUUCCUCCAGACAUACAGUGGAUGGCGCCCUUCUUUCAUGAUAUUGUUUCAGUUAGUUCAACACAUUUUGGUGAGAUGAGAGGAUUAGAGAACGUUUGAAGUAUUUGAGCCACACAAGGCGAGGCGCUAUAACCACAUCUUGGAUUGACGUCAGCAAUGGUACUCUAGCUUGCAAAUGCAGUUUAUUUGCAAACGACUUGUUUGUCACUACGAAGAGGAAGUAAUUAUUAUUUUUAGCAAAUGUUACAUUUUAGAGUCAACUCUGUACUUGAAAAGGUUCUGUAAAGAAAUACUUCGAAGCAGCUUGGUGAACAGAUAAAGGUUUCUUUCUCUAGCCCAAAUUUUGUAAUUUCCUACAUACCUAAGAUACUUUAUUUCUUGUUUAGUUUGAGUUUGUUAUCCAGUGUCGAUUAUGUAAUCUCGAGCUCGGUGGAAAACUAUGAUCGUACUGUGCUUC